CUAAUUAUUAUCGCAUUUUCCGGGGAAUCUAAUGUUUUUUUGGACUUUACCCUACAGGAGUAAAGUUUCAAGUGUUCUUGGACGGUUUCGCGGCGCUUUUCAUAGAAAUUGUGUACAAAGCGGUAAUAUCUGUACCAAUACAGAUUAUUCAUUUUUGUAUAGUGUAAAAUAUAGUAAAUAUUCCCUUGAAAACGUAGUAUAUGACAUAGAUUCCACAGAGAAGAAAUAUUCUACCGCAACUUUAAGCCAUAGACGACCUACAUCUGAACAAUUCUAUAAUCAACCUCGUUCGAUAUUGAGUUUUGACAGAAAUCUAUUGGUAGACAUGGCAACUAGAAGACCAAGGCAACUCAACCGAGUUGAACCUUAUCGUACGUGUCAUGUUGGACCUAGAAAGACAUCGGUUCAUCCGGCUGCGGCGACAGCAGUUGCAAAAAGUAACAAUUUAGAGACUAGAAACAUGUCUACCGGAGGCGGAAUGACGUUUAUGAAAAAGUUUGGGCAGCACAUGUUGAAGAAUCCUGGUAUUCUUGAUAAAAUUGUACAAGCGGCCGAGAUUAGACCAUCAGAUACAGUGCUGGAAAUUGGACCAGGAACUGGAAAUCUUACGGUGCGUUUGGUACCACUGGCACGAAAAGUCAUAGCGAUUGAUAUCGAUAGUCGUAUGGUUGGUGAAGUGAAAAAGAGAUGUAUACAACUGGGAUAUAAUAACCUAGAGGUGCUAGAAGGAGAUGCCCUUAGGAUGAAGUUUCCAAAAUUUGAUGUUUGUACCGCAAACUUGCCAUAUCAAAUCUCAAGCCCAUUUGUAUUCAAACUCCUGUCCCAUAGACCACUCUUCAGGUGUGCAGUCCUGAUGUUUCAACGAGAGUUUGCCGAAAGGUUGUUGGCAAACACAAAUGAGGAAAAAUAUGGUAGAUUAGCCAUUAAUACAAGACUCUUUUGUGAGGUAACAAGGGUAUGCAAAGUUGCUGCAGGUAGCUUUAACCCUCCGCCAAAGGUGGAAAGUAUGAUCGUAAAAAUAGUACCUAGGGAUCAGCCACUGGUAGUUGAUUUUGGGGAGUGGGAUGGACUGAUUAGAGUUUGCUUUUCACGAAAGAGGAGGACACUUCGAAGCCUGUUCAAGAAUCAGGCGGUACUCUCCAUCUUGGAAUGCAACUACAAAGCAUGGUGUACGAUUAAUAAACAGAUUCCAGAAGAUAUCCCAUUUAAGGAUCUGUGCAUGAAUGUUUUGACAGAGAGUGGAUUGUCUGAUAGAAGAAGUAUAACUGUAAGCAUCGCAGAGUUUCUUAAGCUCCUUCUGGCGUUCAAUGAAGCAGGAAUACACUUUUGUAACAUUGCAAAACCAACACACUCGGGUGAUAAAAGUGGCGAACCUCUUUCACGUCCAGACAUGCCAAGCUUUUUGUUUGAAGAAGAUGUUGAAAUGGAUGAUUAAUAGUCUGUAUAGUGGCACGACC